AUGAAGCUUCACAAAGGCUGCAGCACGAGCGACGUGCUGGAUAACUUCGACAAAAAGCUGAACAAAAAUUACAAAAUUUUUGAGGAGGGGGCCAUACAGAAGAUGCAUAGCGAGUACGAGCACCGGGUGAAGGAGAAGGCCAAGGGGGAGGUGAAGGGGAAGCUGAAAGGGAAGGGCGCGCGGGGGAAGAAGAGGCCGCGCGAUGGGUCAAGCGGGGAGGGCGAACCGUGGGAGGAAGAACUGAACGGAGAAAAUUCCGACCGAGGUGAGGAAGCGGAGGAAGCGGGCGAAACAGACUCCGCGAACGAACAAGACGCCGCUACCGCCGCCAACCCCGCCAACACCGCCAACACCGCCAACACCGCCAACCCCGCCAACACCGCUAACGAGGGGGCCUCCUUCCGCGAGCUGAACAUCUGCGAGGAAAUCCUGCAGAGCAUAGAGGAGCUGGGCUGGAAGAAGCCGACCGCCAUCCAGCGCAAGAUGCUGCCCUUUGCCUUCCAGAAGAGAGACAUCAUCGGCCUGAGCGAAACGGGCAGCGGGAAAACGGCCUGCUUCAUAAUACCCAUCCUGCAGGAGCUCCGAGAGAAGAGGCAAAGCUUCUUCGCCCUGGUCAUCUCCCCCACCAGGGAACUCUGCAUACAAAUAGCCCAGCACUUUCAAGCCUUAGGAUCAAACCUACUUAUCAACAUAUGCACCAUAUUUGGAGGCGUCGACAUAGUGACUCAGUCUUUAAACUUGGCGAAAAAACCGAACAUCAUUGUGAGCACCCCAGGGAGGAUCCUAGAUCACCUGAACAACACCAAAGGGUUUAACCUAAAAAAUUUAAAGUACCUCGUGUUUGAUGAAGCGGACAAGUUAUUAUCCCUCGACUUUGAGGCCUCCAUCAAUAAGCUGCUACUGAUCCUCCCGGAGAAAAGAAUCACCUUUUUGUUUUCCGCCACCAUGACGAAGAGUGUAGCCAAAUUGAAGAAGGCGUCUCUGAAGAACCCCAUCACAGUAGAGGUGUCCAGCAAAUACAGCACCGCCAGUACCCUCAUCGAAAAUUACAUAUUCAUUCCGCUUAAAUAUAAAUACACCUACCUGUGUAGCUUGUGCUUUCACUUCUCCUCGAGGAGCAUCAUCAUCUUUGCGAACACCUGUGCGACGGCUCAGAAGAUCAAUUUUUUUUGCAGAAAUUUAGGGCUGAAAUCUAUAUGCCUGCAUGGGAAGUUAACACAAAACCAGAGACUGAGCAGUUUAAAUUCUUUCAAAAGCAAACGUUAUAACAUUUUAAUUUCGACGCAAGUAGGGGCUAGAGGACUCGACUUGAAAGAUAUUAGAAUUGUUAUAAACUUCGAUUUGUGCUCUUGUAAAGAGUACAUCCACAGGGUGGGGAGGACUGCUCGAGCGGGUCGCACCGGCAAGUCCAUCACCUUCGUCACGCAGUAUGAUGUGGAGAGCUUCCUCGCCAUCGAAAAGAUGCUCAAUAAAAAAAUCGACAAGUUCAGCGAGCUGGACGAGAACGACGCGCUGCUCUACCACGAGCAAACCGUCGAGGCGCUGCGCCUGGCCGACACGGAGAUGAAGGAGAACCAGGACCUCUACCGCAGGGGCAAGUUUAAGAAGGCUCGCCGGUGA